AGUCUGCUAGAGCGGCACACAAAAAAUGGUAUUCCUCUCCCUUUCUUCCUUAUAAAUAUACUCUGUUCUCUACAAUUCAAACACAUUUACAAAACUUCUCUAACUCUCUUUAUAUCAUCUCUAUAUAAGUUUGUUAAACCCAUGUCUACCACUGUUGGUCAGGUUAUUCGCUGCAAAGCCGCCGUAGCAUGGGAAGCAGGGAAGCCACUGGUGAUGGAAGAAGUAGAGGUGGCACCACCACAGGCUAAUGAAGUUCGUAUCAAGAUCCUCUUCACCUCUCUGUGCCACACCGAUGUUUACUUCUGGGAAGCUAAGGGACAAGCUCCACUGUUUCCUCGUAUAUUUGGUCAUGAAGCUAGUGGAAUUGUGGAGAGUGUGGGUCCUGGUGUGACUGAUAUCCAGCCAGGCGAUCAUGUCCUUCCUGUAUUCACCGGUGAGUGCAAGGAAUGCCGCCAUUGCAAAUCAGAAGAGAGCAACAUGUGUGACCUUCUCAGGAUUAAUACCGAUAGGGGUGUGAUGCUUGCUGAUGGACAGCCUAGGUUUUCUAUCAAUGGGAAGCCAAUUUACCACUUUCUAGGCACCUCCACGUUUAGUGAAUACACUGUUGUUCAUGUUGGUUGUGUUGCGAAGAUUAACCCGAAAGCUCCUCUCGACAAAGUUUGCGUUCUCAGUUGCGGAAUUUCCACAGGUCUUGGCGCCACUCUGAAUGUUGCAAAACCAAAACCGGGUCAAUCUGUUGCUAUUUUUGGACUGGGGGCUGUUGGUCUUGCUGCUGCUGAAGGAGCAAGGAUGUGUGGAGCUUCAAGAGUCAUUGGUGUUGAUUUGAAUUCCAGCCGUUUUGAACUAGCCAAGAAGUUUGGUGUUACUGAGUUUGUGAAUCCAAAAGAUUAUGACAAGCCUGUUCAAGAGGUAAUUGCUGACAUGACUGAUGGAGGAGUUGAUCGGAGUGUUGAGUGCACUGGAAGUAUCCAAGCCAUGAUCUCAGCGUUUGAAUGCGUCCAUGAUGGCUGGGGUGUUGCUGUGCUAGUAGGCGUCCCGAACAAGGAUGACGCGUUCAAAACUCAUCCAGUGAAUCUGUUGAAUGAGAGAACACUAAAAGGAACCUUCUUCGGCAAUUACAAACCUCGCUCUGAUCUUCCAUCUGUCGUGGAAAAGUACAUGAAUAAGGAGCUAGAAGUGGAGAAAUUCAUAACUCACAACGUCAAGUUCUCAGAAAUUAACAAGGCGUUUGACUAUAUGCUUAAAGGAGAGUCUCUGAGAUGCAUUAUUUCCAUGGAACAUUAGAAUAAUCGUACACAGCUUCUAUAUAUGACAUGAUGUGUUUUUUUUUUA